AUGGAAAUGUUCCAUCAGGUGCAAAUAAGACCCGAGGACCGCCAAGCCCAAAGGUACCUGUGGCGGGACAAUCCAGAAGAUUCAGCGCAAGUUUUUGUAAUGGAUGUAGCCAUUUUUGGAUCCACUUGCUCGCCAUGUUCUACGCAGUAUGCCAAGAAUGCUAACGCCGAUGAACACGCCGAGGAGUUUCCUAAGGCAGCCGUUGCGAUCAAAGAGAACCACUACGUCGACGACUAUCUGGAUAGCGUCGACAGCGUUGACGAAGCGGUUCAACUAGCAGUAGAUGUGAAAACCGUACAUGAACGAGCAGGGUUCCAGAUACGACAUUGGACGUCGAACUCCCCGGACGUGUUGAGACGAAUCGGAGAGCAGAACACUCAAGAGAUGAAAAGUUUCGUCAUGGAUAAAGGCAGUCAGCAGGAACGCAUCUUAGGAAUGGUUUGGCAAUCCAACGAAGACGUGUUCUCCUACACAACAACCUUCCGUAGCGAGUUGGAGCGCCUCUUUGACGUUGCAGUAAUCCCUACCAAGAGAGAAGUUCUAAGACUGGUAGUGAGUCUGUUCGAUCCGCUGGGACUCGUUGCAUCGUUUGUGGUCGAGGGAAAGGUCAUCAUUCAGGAGAUUUGGAGGGCGAAAGUCGGAUGGGAUGAACGUAUUCCCGCCGAAAUUCUUCCUAGAUGGCAACAGUGGCUGGAGGUACUACGGUCGCUGGACGGAGUAAAGAUCCCACGAUGCUACUUCCCGGGAUACAGCAAGGAAGCCUACGACUCACUCGAGCUACACGUCUUCGUCGACGCGAGUGAGAGCGCUUAUGCCACCGUCGGCUACUUCAGAAUCGUCGAUAAAGGAGAAGUUAGAUGCUGCCUAGUCGGAGCAAAGACCAAAGUUGCUCCCCUAAAACAACUCUCCAUACCUCGGUUAGAACUUCAGGCAGCUACGAUUGGUGCGCGUCUAAUGAAGACCAUCACCGACAACCACACUAUUACUAUCAAGCGCAGAGUGUUGUGGAGCGACUCACGAACUGUGCUCUCGUGGCUCCGCUCGGAUCAAAGGCGAUAUCGGCAGUUCGUGGCAUUCCGUGUCACGGAGAUAUUAGAGGAAACAAGCAUCGAGGAUUGGAGAUGGGUGCCAUCUAGGCAGAAUGUGGCUGACGAAGCUACGAAGUGGGGCAAGAGUCCCAGCUACCAUGAGAGCAGCCGCUGGUUUAAGGGUCCUGCAUUUCUACACGAGGACGAGAGUCAAUGGCCCGUGGAAGAUGCCUGGGUAGAGGAGUGCACAACAGAAGAGCUGCGGAACGUUCACGUUAACGUGCACAUAUCGGCCGAGCCAGCAAUACAGUUCCAACGGUUCUCCAAGUGGGAAAGGUUGGUCAGAGUUGUGGCAUACAUACGCCGGUUCUACAACAACUGCCGGUGCAAAAGAAUCGGCACUAUGAUCAACAUGGAUGUGCUGUCAAGCGAGGAACUAACCGCAGCAGAAUAUUCUGUCUGGAAAUUAGUACAGGUGGAAGUGUUUCCAGAGGAGUUUAAGACCCUACGCAAAAAUCAGGAAGCUCCAGAAAAUCAACAAAAAAACCGUAGAGAAAAGCAGCCGGAUUUACAAGCUGGCACCGUUUAUUGGUGA